CGAGUAAUUCACAUUAUCUUUUUCGUAUUUUGUGAAUGUUUUGUAUACUAUGAUAAUCCUUUCGGAUAUUAGAUGAAAUAAUAAAGUUUAUACGUCCAUCUAAAACCUGCAAUGUUAAGAUGAUGCCAUUAAAAGACAACCAAGAUGUGGCAACUUUCCUUGUUAUGAAACACUCUUGGAAGGGGAAGUACAAGAGAGUGUUUUCUAUUGGAACUCAUGGAAUCACAACAUACAAUCCUGAAAGACUGGAGGUGACCAACAAAUGGCAGUACUCGGAUGUGGUCACAUUAGCCUCAGCAAAGCAUUCCAAUCCUGCCAACAAUUAUGAUUUCACACUGGUUAUGAAGAAAGAUAAGAAAAUUGAUUCAAUGAAGUUUUCUUCAGAACACAAAUGUCUUAUUAUAACUGAGGCUUUUAAAUAUAGGCAUUUGUUUUCAGAAAAACCUAAAGAUAUUUAUCGAUAUCAAGCAUAUAAACAUCACUGGAGCGGCACUAGACUCCCCAUAGUUCUUGAAGUCGGCCCUUGUUCCCUAGAACAACUUGAUCCCUCAACCCAUACACUCCUUGCAAGCUACCCGUACAGUGACAUACAAGGAAUCCUCCAAGUGCGGGAUAUACCUGGAGGAUUUGUACUGGCUGUUGGUGGCUAUAGUCGCUUACACCUGUUCUCCAAUGCAAUGGAUCAUCAAAUAAUCAUAAACAAGAUGCUGGAAAUGGCCAGUUUGACCAUAAACAUCAGUAUUAAAGUGUUGUCUGCGACAAUCACAUUAGAUGACUAUCACAAUCAGAGAUUUGGCAAAUACAGUGGUGAUCAACAUCAAACGUCCCUAAGCGAGUUCAUGGUACACAAAGUGAAUCCAGCUCGCCAUAUGGAGCCUAUGCGGCGUACUCUCUGCCUCUCUGACACUUGCAUACUGGAAAGGGAUCCGCAGACAUACUCUGUAGUGUGUCUUAGGCCACUUUGUGACGUAUUCGCUCUCGUGAGAGACCCAGAUCAUCCACAGAAGUUCUCCAUUGAAUAUCUAAACGGUCAGACCCGGACAUAUUUAGCAGGUGAAAGGGAUGCCUUAUUAGCGUCGCUGGUGGACGGAGUGCGUUCGGCCGGUCAACGCGACGUGCACGUGCGUUCGUCGCGUACGCCACGCGGCUAUCGUCUCGGGCCGUUGCACCACCCUGUUGACGAGGAAACAGAGUCCAACCAUCUGCGGUUAUUCCAAAACCCAGUGCAAGCAGGUGCAAAAGUGUUGUCGAGAGCUGAAGUGAUUGAACGAUUCAAUGCCAAUGUCGGAUACAGCGGUCUCAUCUAUUCCGUCAGUCAAGAUCGUCUGUUCGCUGAAAACAAGGAGAAGUUAAUAACUGGUGCGUUGACAGCUAUCAUGAGCAGUUGUCCAUCAGGCUCCAAUCUGCCGCUGCGUGAACUGGAGGCGCAGUUUCACGCUCUGAGGCGACUGUGCGCGAGCAAAGUGGGAUUCGCCGCCUUUACCGCUCUUUCAGGGUUUCGAGAAUGGAUGGGCAGCGCCGUAGUGAGUGCGUUGAGGAGGGAAUGUAGUGCGUGCUCACACGCGGCCUUGGACGCACUGUGUGCGUUACUGCAACCAAUGCACGCGGAACCCGACUUGCGGCAGGAACAACUUAAUAAAGCCAGCAUGCUGGCGUCGCAGACAUUUCUUGAGGGCUUGCUGUCAAUGUGGGCGACACAUGUUACAGCGGGCAGUGGUGCGUUAGUGGUGGCAGCCAUGUUGGAUUUUCUCACAUUCGCGCUCUGCGUGCCUUACAGUGAGACCACAGACGGAAAACAGUUUGACCAGCUACUCGAAAUGGUGGCCGGUAGAGGUCGUAUCAUCUUCAAACUUUUUGAGCAUCCAUCAGCGGCUAUCGUAAAGGGCGCGGGUUUAGUGGCUCGCGCACUAGUUGAGGAAGGUAGCGGCGGUGUAGGCGCUAAAGUGCAAGCUCUGGCCUUGGCAGAAGCCGCCUUACCAAGACAUUUACUCCACGCGUUAUACACUACUGCGGCGCCAGCGAGAAUGCAGCGACGGCAUUUAGCUAGACAUCUGGUCGCACUUUGGUUGGUGGAACACGGGCCAGCUAGUGAUCUACUACGAAGAAUUAUGCCAUCAGGUCUAUUAGCGUUUUUGGAAUCUGUGGAGGCUCCACCAGCAGCCGCUUUGGAAGCGGAGCGUGUAGAGGAACGCGAUAACUUGUUGUUAGCGCAAGCACAGGCUUCGAAUAGGCCGCGAGCUCCUCACUGGGAGGCCCUGGAACGACAGGUCAAAUAUGUAGAGAAACAUAUAGAGGAAUCAAGAUGGAAUGUAAAUGGAAUGGAAUCGGAACCUCGUAUUCCGAGUCUUAGUGUCACAAUGCAUUACGCAUCACUGGCCCUCCAACACUGGGCGCAACGCACUCGAGGUACAGAUACCCGGAAAGAGGUACGAGAUCGCCCAGUCGUGUUGAGGAGAAGAAGAGAGCGGGUUAAGUCUACCGCAAACUGGCCUAUGUUCUAUUAUCAGUUUCAUCGAGACCACGCGCUGCCUAAUCUUAUUUGGAAUCAUACUACUCGAGAAGAGUUACGCAACGCCCUCGAGAAUGAGUUACGCGCAUUCGCAAUGGACCGUGAGGUGGCGGGCGGUGCGCUAACUUCGUGGAACCACGCUGAACUCGAGGUGCACUAUCAGUGUUUGCAGAAUGAAGUCAAAAUCGGCGAUUACUACUUAAGGAUUCUUCUCGAACAGAAGGAUAAUGAUGACAGUCCAAUACGAAAAUCGUACGAAUUCUUCAAUGACCUAUACCACAGAUUCCUGUCGACUCCAAAAGUUGAAAUGAAAUGUAUGUGCCUACAAGCGAUGACUAUUGUCUACGGUCGAUAUUACGAGGACAUUGGACCUUUUGCGGAUACAAAAUACAUUGUGCAAAUGUUAGAUAGAACAUGCGACAAAAUGGAAAGAGACAGACUUGUACAGUUUUUAGCAAAAUUAAUUUUACACAAGAAGAAUGUUAGCGAAAUAUUAGAAUGGAAUGGUAUAAGAAUACUCGUAGACCUCAUGACACUAGCGCAUUUGCACACGUCGCGUGCGAUGGUGCCGACGCAGACUAACGUCAUAGAAGGGCCCGCGCAGACGGGCGACGGCGACCGCGAAUGGUACUAUAAUGUUGAGACUGGUGACAAAGUUCAGAGGAAAGGACCUGUCAGCUUUCAGCAGCUAAAAGACCUAUACAAAACCGGGGAAAUAAACAAUAAAACGAAGUGCUGGGCCAACAGUAUGGAAGGCUGGCGUGCUUUAGGAGGCAUAGCACAAUUAAGGUGGAGUUUAGUGGCAAGAGGGACUCCCGCACUCACGGAAACAGAGCUAGCUGCUACCAUAUUGGAUCUACUUAUAACUUGUGCUCGGUAUUAUCCUAGCAGAGAUGAGGAAGACGCAAUAAUAAGACCUUUGCCCCGAGUUAAGAGGACGCUCUCCGAGCCAGCUUGCCUAGCACACGUAGUCCAGUUACUAUUGACUUUUGACCCCAUACUUGUUGAAAAGGUGGCGACGUUACUAUACGAAGUAAUGCAAGAUAACCCGGAGAUAUCCAAAUUGUAUUUGACUGGAGUAUUCUACUUUAUGUUGUUGUACACUGGAUCGAAUUUGUUACCGAUUGCGAGGUUUUUAAGGCUGACACAUAUGAACCAAGCAUUUAGGGCAGAUCAGUCUAGUUCGGAUAUUAUGCAGAGGUCUAUACUGGGCCAAUUGUUGCCGGAAGCAAUGGUGUGCUAUUUAGAAAAUCACGGCUCGGACAAGUUUGCGCAAAUCUUUCUUGGAGAGUGGGAUACGCCUGAGGCCAUAUGGAACUCUGAAAUGAGACGCAUGCUGAUAAUGAAAGUGUCGGCUCAUAUCGGCGAGUUUACACCUCGAUUGCGAGCCCACAUAGCUGCGCGGUACCCCUACUUGGCCAUACCGGCAGUACUCUACCCACAGUUGCUCAAUGAGCUGUUCUGCAACAUGUUCUACCUGCGGCAUCUGUGCGAUACCCAGCGAUUCCCCGACUGGCCCAUACCGGAUCCGGUAGGUCUUUUGAAAGACGUGCUAGAGGCGUGGCGUCGCGAAGUUGACAAGAAACCUGCUUCAAUGACAGCCGAGCAGGCCUACAUAGCACUAGGGCUUGAGCCGGGGACACAUGACGAGGCAGCAGUACGCAAGGCCUAUUACCGCCUAGCCCAGCAGUUCCAUCCUGAUAAGAAUCCUGAAGGACGGGAUCGUUUCGAAGCAGUAAAUCAAGCGUACGAGUUCCUAUGCAGUAGAAAUGUAUGGACUGGUGAUGGACCGAACACAAAUAACAUCCUGCUUAUUCUUCGAACACAAACUAUAUUGUUUCAACGAUAUUCUGAAGUAUUAUCUCCAUACAAGUACGCCGGUUACGGCGCACUACUACGCACGGCUCGCCUCGAGGCGGAAGCCGAGUCUCUGUUUGCUCGCGACACCGCUCUAUUGCCCGCUGCGUGCGAGCUUGCACACGCUACUCUCGCGUGCUCCGCGCUCAAUGCAGAAGAACUGUGCCGGGAACGCGGCCUUGAGGUGCUACAAGAAGCACUUUCUCGCUGCGUAUCCGUAUUGGGUGGCAGCAAGGAGGGCAGUACUGCGGCCGCCGUGUGCAUGCACUGCGCGCGGUGUUUCGCCGUCGCUGCGCGUUUCCCCUCGUGUUGCGCUGCCGCCUCGCAGUUGCCGCAACUAUGUGCUGACAUCGUGCCGCUGUUGAGACGACCGGAACUGGGUGAGACGGCCUGUGCGGGCGCCGAGGCGGUUGCCGCGUUGUCCGCAGAUGCGAAGUGCCGUGCGCGCUUCGCUCGCGCGCACGUACUGCACGCACUGUUACCCGCUGUGCUGCGGUACGACUACACACUUGCCGAAUCCGGUUUACCAAACGAGGGAGACAAUAAACAGGAAGUCGCGAACCGCCUUGCGACGCAGUGCGUUGCAGCACUAUCAGCAUUGUAUGGGCCACACGACGAAGCUAGCGAAGAAGACGCGAAUGUACGCGAAGCCUUACAAACUUUGCUCACGCCACAUCUAUGUGAGAAACUGGGCAGUUCUGAUACACAUGAGCUCCUCAAAACCCUGACAUCGAAUUGGAAAACGCCGUACCUCGUCUGGGACAACAGUACGCGGGCAGAACUACAAGAAGCGCUCCGGUCGCGGCCUGCGGGCGAUGACGAAACGUUGGUCCCCCUAUUGCAAUACUCCGCUCAUGAGGGAUUACUGUCCGUCGGCGGAGUCUAUUUGGACAUUUACAACGAACAGCCGGACUUCCCCAUUGAGAAUCCACAACAAUUUGUCCUGGAUCUCCUCAAAUUCAUUCAAGAAGAGACUCAGACUGACGCGGUCGAGGAGAAAGCAGAACACAUAACAUUAGCCUUAAAUGCUCUUGCCAAUUGUAUUUUAAAAAAUCCAGGCAUAGAAAUCCAAUGUAUCGGACAUUUCGGUCUGAUAUUCGGACUCAUGUCCGCCCGAGCUUUACCUCAGGCCUCCGAAGCGGCGGUUCAAGUUGUGGGAGCGGCGGCGCGCAGUCGAGAAUGUGUGGAGGAUAUAGCCGCGGGGGCUCUACUAGGGCAUCUACUGCCGUUGUUGACUCCCACAAGGCCGGACGCGUUGAACGCGCUGGCCGCUUUGCUAACUGCCACGCCUCUUGUACGAGAGGCGUUGGCUAAAGGUGCUGUGAUAUACUUAUUAGACUUAUUCUGCAACUGCAAGAUACCGGAGAUACGGGAGACGGCAGUGGAUCUGCUGGCCCGGAUGAUGGCUGACAAAUUACACGGACCAAAGGUACGCUUAACGAUAUCGCGGUACGUGCCAAGCGUGUUCGCUGAAGCGAUGCGGGAAGCGGGCGCGGCGGGUGCGUUGCAUACAUUCGACGCAGCGCACGAACAUCCCGAGUUAGUGUGGGGAGACGAGCUAAGAUCUCGCGUUCGAGCCAACCUUGCGCAAUUACGUGACAGGCAUUACACGAACCAAAUUCGGGAUCCAUCAGUAUUAUUUGAGGAACGUGAUGCAUCGGAGACCGGUGAGGAAGCUUGGGCGCCAGCCGGCGAAGUGGUAGUGGGCGGCGUGUACCUCAAACUGUUCCUACAAAACCCGACGUGGAGCUUGCGCAGCCCCAAACGCUUCCUUCAGGAAUUGCUCACUGAAACUCUCGCUUCAUUACACAAGGACUCCGCUGAGGGCAGCAGAGGUGACACGUGUGCGCGUGCAUUAGCGGCGUUAUUACGCGCGCGGCCGGCACUAUGCGAGGCGUGUGCGCAGUUGGGAGAACUGCCCCGUCUCGCGCGACUAUUGCCUGCGUGCCCCAAGCACGCCGUGCCCGUACUCGCUGCGCUGGCGCAGACUCAGGCAUGCGUGAUGGCGCUUAGUCAGACAGACGUGAUGUCGGGCCUCAAGACUGCGGUGAAGACUUGUCGCGAGGUGGUGGGUUGCGCUUGCGACGCUCUCUCAUCUAUAUUCAAUAGCACAGUCAACACGGAUAAACUUGUCCUACAGGCAUUAGAGUCAGAGCUGGUUAGCGAGUUGUUAUCUGUACUGGAGGGACGGAGUAUAGAGGGCGGAGCGGCGGCUCGAGUGGUAGGCGCUCUAAAAGCAAUGUGCCGAAACGGUGCCCACGCGGAUCGAGUACGAGCAUUGUUGGCACGCUCGCCAGUAUGGGAGCAGUACUCGGCACAGAGGCACGACCUGUUCAUAUCCGCACCGCAACACCAUUCCAUUGCUGCGGCACCACAGACUGCGGGUUACCUGUCAGCGCCACCGUCCGUGCCGCCGGCUCACCCGCCACCGCUCGACUGACCGACUCACUGUCUCUCUCACUCGCGCUCCUCACUCACUGUCCACUAAGGCGAGCGAGACCGCUCACUAACUCAUAGAUCUCAUGUUAUCAUUAAAGGUCGCGUUACGUAAAAAGACUUCUCACGAUCGCCGUGCGCAGUAUUUUUUACAAUAAAAUGCGUAUUUGGAUGACAAUUCUGUUGCUCACAAAACUCUAAACUAAAUUGAAUAUUAAUUUAAGUUUACUGUAAUACUGUUUUAGUUUAUUUGUUUUACGAAAUCCAAACUGUUUUUACUGUAGUAAUUUACCUUCCUACAAAACAAUUACCUCUUUAUUGUUAUUAUUAGUUAUCAGUUUAUUUUUUUGUUAUCAAUCAGAUAAUACUCAUAUAAUGCUAUAAAUACCUAUAAAAUUUAGGGUGGUAAUGGCA